AUGUCCACAGAACCCAGUCAACUGCUCCCCAACCCACCUUUCUACACCAUCCCCAACAUCAACAACCUCCGCGACGCAUCCCUCUCCCUCACCACUACCUCAGGCUCCCGCAUCCGCCCACACAUCCUCUUCCGCAGCGCCGAAGUCUCCAAACUCGACGUGGCAGGCUGGACGGCCGUACAUUCCCUCGGCAUAUCGCACGUCUUCGAUCUUCGCUCCAAACCCGAAGUCGACAAGGGCUGGGCAGGCAUCGUCGGCAAAGAUGCCUCGGGCGACGACGACGUGCGCCCCGGUUGGCUGCAAGCCAUGGAGCAAGCGGGCGUAGCGCGCUCGUGGGUGCCAGUGUUUGAAGAGAGUGAUUAUUCGCCCGAGCGCCUGGCGGAGCGGUAUUCAAAGUAUAUGCAUGAGGCCGUUACCGGGUUCGUGGAGGCGUAUCGCGAUAUUUUGGCAAACGGGGGACCCGCGUUUGGCACGAUAUUGAGGUAUCUUGCGGCUAUCUCACCGCCUUCUUCUUCUUCUUCUUCUGCUGCUGCAGAAGAUGAUGAUAAGGUUGGGGCACUGGUGCAUUGUACGGCGGGGAAAGAUCGGACGGGUAUUUUUUUCGGACUGCUGUUUGAGUUUCUGCGUGUGCCGCGUGAGCAGAUUGCAGAUGAGUACCAACUUACUGAGUUGGGGCUUGCGCAUAUUCGAGAAGAGGUUGUGGCAAGGUUGAUGCAGAGUCCGGGGUUUAAGAAGUAUAUGCUGGCGAGUAUGGAUGGGACGAAACUUUCGGUUGAGGAUAUUGCGAGGAGUUUAAAGGGCGAGGAGGGACAGGAUCGGGUUCAGGUAUCGCCCGAGGUGCUUGAGAAGGGAAGGCAGGCGGCGCUACGAAUGAUUGGGGCAAGAAGGGAGAGUAUGUUGAAGAGUUUGGAGAUGCUGGAUGAGGAGUUUGGGGGUGCGGAGCGGUAUUUGAGAGAGAAGUGUGGGUUAAGUGGUCAGGAGUUGGAUGCGUUGAGGAGGAAUCUUUUGGUAGAGUGA